ACAUUUUGGAGAACUGCAUAUCCUACUGCCUUACAUUAGGUAAGGUAAUCAUUAAAUUCUUUCCAGCUGUCUUAAAACAACCACAAGUUAGCCUUUUGAUCUUUAAACCAGAAAAGUUUGGGUAAAGUCUUGGGAAACUUUAGUGUUCUUCUUGGUUCCAUCAUUGAUUAUUUUGAACUCUGUCUGACGAAGUGCAGAACAUCAUCUCAGAGUGUGCAGUACGAAAACUCAUAGAGAGAUAGAAAGGCUAAAUACUGUCAUGGAGAAUUUCCACCUGCUAUCCACCCCAGUGGCACAUAGAAAACAGCAAACAAUUUAAACUGUAUAUGCAUCAUUUUCUAGUUCAUAAUUAAGGAGAAGUUAUAAAGUGACUUUUGUACUUAUAUCUUUACAUUAAAAUAUAAAUAUAAGUUGAUCCUCAUUUUUAAUUAAAAACAGAGAAUAUGAGAACUGGUACAUUCAUUUCCUCAUAUUAGUGUGAUUGAAACUGAGUGUCGAGCAAUAACAUAGUACAGUUAUAGUUCAUCAAAAUAUUAGACUAUAAGGAAAUAUGACAGCUAGCAAUGAAAGUUUAUCAGGAAUGGAGUGGAUGGAUGGUUGCAAAAACCAAUCUUUAAUUGGUUGUCCAAGCCUUGAAAAGUUAUUAGAAAAAGUUGGAUCAGGAUUGGCACUGAAGAUUAAAGGACAAUUAGGGAUUCCUAGCCACAGACAAGCACUUUUUACCCUCUUGGGAGAUGACUUUGUUAAGGAGUACUUUCCUAAUAGUGUUACUGAUCCUAGUCUUCUGGAACCACCAAAGUUGUCAUCCAGGAAAAAAGAACAGAUAAUGAGUGAGAUGCAAAAUUGGUUAGACAAUCAAAUUGAACUUGUUCUUCAGGAAAAGAGUUUAAAAACUAAGAAAGGUGAACCUCGAGGAGAUAUGGCAGCUUACAUGCAAGAAGCUGGAGACAUCUUCUCUCAGUCACUUGAUAUACAAGUUAAAAAGGCUAAGACCCACCUGAAGAAUAAGAAGAAAAACAGAAACAAUGAUGAAAAUACCCUCACUCCAACAGAUAUUUUCCAUAUCGCAAUAAACUUAGCUCUGUCUCAAGACCUGACCCAAAUGGAUCCAAUGAUUACUACCAUGAAAGAACAUUCAGCCCUUCUGCCUAAGCCAUUGAGGUCACUUUAUUGGUCGGAGUAUUUGUUGAAGAAGGAAAAUGAGAAAAAUUCAAAACUGAAGGGAAGGAAUCGGGACAUCAGAGAACUGUUUCGAAAAGGACUAGCAAGGGCUGUAAAAGAACAAGGAGUGGAACGUGCUACUCGAGGUUCACAAUGGAAGCAGAUUGAUCAGGCAGUGAUCAACGCCUACAAACUCACACCUACUUUGAAAUGUUUCGGUAAAGAUGAGCAGUUGACUGAAACAUCACAAGUGUUAAAUGUGGUACAAGUACACAGUAAAAACUUCCAACCUUCUCUGGUGUACUGGGCUUGUGGUUUACAGCAGGUGUAUCUGAAGAAUAAAACAGUUGAUCAUGAUGAUGAAAUUGUUGAGGUUGCAAUGUUACUGGACAUGCUUCAACGCCACUGUAUGCCAACACAGUCUCAGAUCUUUGCUGUUGGCUGUAGAAUAUCAGAUACCUUGGCAAAAGAAGAUAAAGAAUUUUUUAAUCACUUGAAUGAAAAUAUUGAAAAGAAUGUUACUGGUAAUUUUCAGGAGUUCCCUCUUGAGAGUUUGAAUGUGAACAAAAACAAAAGUCAGUCAGUAAAAGAAACUGCUUUACAUAAAGGUAAAGGUCUUUCCCCUCAACAGAACAAACUCUUUGUGGAUCCAGAAAUGUUUCUUCACAAGUGGAUUGUUGAGGGUUUUAUGAGUAUUCUUCGUCCAGUGGCAGUGCUAUUUAUCUGGGAUCAGUUGUUCAUGCAGAAGUGGAGUUCUACAGCUCUGUGCAAUGCUUGUCUAGCUUUGAUGGGUCUUUUAAAACCAUGGUUCAUGUUAGCCCAUGAUUAUCCAAGCAUUAAAAAGGUGUUCUUGGAAGAGCCAAGUAAGCUGUACACCUUAGAUAUUCGGAAUGCUUGGAAACACCUUAAAGAUGGAGGAGCUUUCAGAGACAUUCCUUUAAUGAAUAGAAAUUUUCAGGUACCUGAGCCAUCAAAAUGUGAACCAGAAUCUUCACCUCCUUUGCCAUUACCAAUUCCUGUGCCAGUACCACUUCCCGAUACAGAACCUGGGUCAGAUCCAGAAGAAACACCCCCUAUAUCAGCAGCAGUUCCUGCACCCCUUCCUGAGGCAGAACAUGUGUUAGAACCUGAAGAAACACCUACUGUGCCAGCACCAGUUUCUACACCCAUUCCCAAGGCAGAACCUAUACUGGAACCAUCAACUCAGAUUGAUGAACCAGAAACAGACUACAAACAAGGAGAAUCGAAAGAUGAAGAAUUUCACGAACCAGUAGAAAAGAGUAUACCCAUGUCACCACAAAAACUAAUAAAUUCUCCUACUCCAGCCUUUCCUAAUAUUCCAGCUCCGGAACCAUCCUCUCUGUGUGUUGAAGAACCAGAACAAGAUUCUCCUCAGUUAUCACCACCCCCUGUAGAAGAAAGAAAUAAUGACUUGCAUGAGCUAUGGGUGCCUUAUGACAAAGAAACUAAACAUACUCUUCCUAAAAAAUCUAGGCUGAAUAUUCCUUUCGACCUAUACAUUGAUGGAGUAAGAUUUAUUCCGGACAAUGCAACAAUUGUUAAGAUAACUGGAAGAAUUUUGAAUCUGUACUUACAAGAUGGAGCUAACCAAGAUCUGGAUAUUGUUGCCUAUCCAGAACUAGAUUCUCCUGCUAAGUGUCCAAAGUUUAGAUUUCGAAUGUCUUUGAACAAAGAAGGACUUUUGGUUAAUCCUGAUGUUCUUGCAAUGCUGCGAGUGUAUACAUUGGAGAAACAUACUCAGGAGGAGGUUAUGUUAGGGUCUUGUCUUGUAGGAAUUUUCACGAAUAAAGCUGGAAAGCCAUUGCAGUUGCGGGUGGGUGGUCAUCAGAUUCGACUUAGACACGGCCUUCCAAAUCCUCCAGCUGGUCUCAGAAGCCUCGAAUACACUCACAUGAAUAAUAAUCCCAUUAUACCUUUAGUGACUGUGUUGGUCAGACUUCUUCCACACCAGGAGGAUUACAUCCCAGCUCCAGGUUACACUACUCGAUACUACAGAUCCAAGGCAGCUUGUCCUAGCUCAUCAGAGUCACUUGUGUUUCGUCACUACGUGAAAGAAAAAAGUUACACACUCACAGUGAAACAAGUUGCUUUACAGCUACAAGGAAAUGCUAAUGAUGAAGAUGAGAACAUCAAGAGGUUUAUUCAACAGAAAUUAGACCAGAAACAUGGAGUUAAAGUUCCAGAUCUUCCUUAUGAAAGAUUUCUUAACUACAGAAAUGAGUUUGGAUUAAUGAUACUCAUAGAACAAGCAUAUGGACUUCCUGUGUAUCUUUCUGGCCGCUAUAUCCAGUGCCUAGCUCAAUUGCUACCAGGAAUUGAUGCACAAAAAGAAGGUUCAAAUGUUGUCAGCUUUCUUACUCAGACCUUGGACUUUAAGUGUCCACAGAGAUCUCCUGAUUGGCUUGACCCUCCAAUGCGAGUCUACACAGCGUACGAUGAGAGAACAGUAAUUCUAUUAUCCCUUUUUGGCCUGAAGCCCAAGUAUUGUUCUUCUGGCACAUUGCUAGAAAGUGAACAUGGAAAGUCAGACCUAAAGUUAAACAACUCUUUAGCCUGGACAAUAGUACCUUGCUUUGAAAAUGGCUGUGUCUUAGCUGGGACUCAUCAUGCUCCACUAUUUAAAGGACAUGUUGACCCGAGUAUUGUGUCGAAACUUGAAUAUCUACCAUGGGAUUUCGUCCUUAAGAAACUGAUGAAAGAUGGAGCAAAGCUUUUUGUAAGCAAAAACUCCUCCUACCAGUCUUUUCUUGUUAAUAGAAAAUAG